AUGAAGGCUACUCCCAAAAUUUCGCGCCUUCUUACCCGAUCAAGCAAUCGCGUCCUUGGUGUCUCCUUGUCCCAACCCGCCUCAUACCCUCUCACCUCACUUUUGCUUCACUCUUCCGCCACUCCAGCCAAACUCACGACUGGACAGACUCUUCAGCUCCCUUACCGCCACGGCCUGAAUUCUCACUCAGCCUCUUUCUCGACCUCUAGCCCCUCUCACCAGGAGGCUGCUGCUGUUGCUGCUGUUGCUCCCGCUCCCCAAGUCUCUCCCGCCCCCGUCGCCGACAUGCCGGGUGUUUACGCCGAUAUGGCUGGCCGCCUCGAUGCCCGCCUGCUCAAGGCCCUCAACACCAUGGGCUAUGCCAACAUGACCCCCGUCCAGGAAAAGGUCCUCAACAUGGGCUCCUUCACCCAGGACUGCCUCGUCCAGGCCAAGACCGGCACCGGCAAGACCAUCGCCUUCCUUCUCCCCGCCCUGCACACGCUCUUGAACGCCAAGGACCUCGACCCCUCCCAGGUCGCCUUGUUGAUCCUCGCUCCCACCCGUGAGCUCGCCCAGCAGAUCGUGGACGAGUGCGAGAAGCUGGUCAGCCAGUGCAACCCCAGGUUCGAGUGCCAUCUUGCCGUUGGUGGUAGCGCCAAGGCCUCCAGUCUCAGCAAGUUCCUCCGCGGCAAGCCCACCAUCCUCGUGGCCACUCCCGGCCGUCUGGAUGACUACCUUUCCGACGAGCGUGUUAGGCAAAAGUUCAACAACCUCCGCUGCUUGGUCCUGGACGAGGCCGACUGCAUGCUUGAUCAAGGCUUCUUGCCCGCCCUGACCAAGAUCCUCACAAGCCUGCCCAAAAAGCAACAGGCUGGCUGGCAGGGUAUGUGCUUCAGUGCCACGCUCCCUCCCACAAUCCACAAGGUGCUGCAUCAUGUUCUUGCUCCUAAGCACGCCCACAUCACCACUGUCGACGAGAAUGAGGCCCCUACCAUCAACAGCGUCCCUCAGUCGUACAUGAAGGUCGACUCGGUUGAUGAUGUCAUUCCUACCCUCCACAAGCUCCUGUCAGCCGAACGUUUUGACAACCCCAAGCUCAAGGCUGUUGUCUUCUGUUCGACCGCCAGACAAGCCGCUCUUUUGUACACUCUCUUCGGUCACACCGGCGGCGCUGCCCCCGCGAAGCUGCCUGUUUGGCAGAUGCAGUCACGCAUGAACCAGGCGCAGCGCACCAGGACAACUGAGGAGUUCAAGAGCACCGAGAGCGGUAUCCUCUUUGCCUCGGACGUGGUUGGACGUGGCUUGGACUUCCCCGACAUCCACCUUGUCAUCCAGGUUGGAAUUCCCCUUAACAGCGAGCAAUACGUUCACCGUGUUGGAAGAACCGGUCGCGCUGGCAAGGGUGGCCGCGCCGUCAUGAUUGUCACCCCGAGGACUUUUGGUUUGUCCGAGCGCAACCGCCAGUUCCCCAUGGUCCAGUCCAAGCUCGAGCACGCCAAGGCGGCCGCCAUCGACUCGGCCGGCAUCAUCAGCCAGUCACUGGCCAAGGUUCCCGAUCAGGUCAAGGCCCAGGCCUACGUUGCCUUCCUCGGCUUCACCAACACCAUGCGCUCCAAGAUGAAGAUCACCCCCGCCCAGAUGGUUCAGAUCGCCAACCGUUAUGCCUUCUCCCUUGGCUGCGAGGAGCCCCCUGCCAUUGAAGCGUCUACCAUUAGCAAGAUGGGACUCAAGGGUGUUCCUGGCUUGAUCAAGAAUAAGGGCCCAUCUUUCAAGUCUCAGCGCGGCGGUAACAGGCAGAACCAAUCUGCCCCCCGCGGCGGUGGUCGUGAUGCCGGCCGUGAUUCUGGCCGUGAUGCUGGUCAUGAUGCUGGUCGCGACGCUGCUCGCGAUGUGGAUGCUUCCUUCUUCGGCAAUGGUUCCAACGGAGGUGCUCCUCGUCGUGGUGGUGGUGGUGGUGGCCGUGGCCGUGGUGGCUUUGGCGGCAGAGGACGCGGUGGCCCUGCCGGUGGUGCCGGUGGUGACAGGAACAGUGGCUUCAAGAAGCCUCGUGACGACUCUGCGCCUCCCGGUCAGAACAAGAGACCGAGACGCGAAGAUUUCUGA